AUGUCGUUACCGGAAAUUGUUCUCAACAAGCUACCAGGCUCCGAUCUUCACAUAACAGGAAGGCACCGCGUAGCUCGAUUCGUCAAGGCAGAUGUCAAUGAGCUAUGUAAUUCGGGCGUACCUACCAACGCUAGAAUGCUUUGGCGUUCCCAACCGCCCUUUCAUUUUUUUGGACUUUCCAGAGACCCCAGCUACGAAUAUCUUUUGUUCGACGCAUGUGCCUGGGCAAGCACCUACCUCAUGGAUACACUGGAACAAGAUUUGAGAGAUCCUGGUGGGCGAAUGCACUUUCUUACACGCCUAGACGCACUCGACACCCUAUGGGGCGAAGAAUGGCCCCGUCGGCUGAGCGAGGACCGCCUAACGAUGUUGCUGCUCGACAACUUGAUGACGGAGGACCGGCUCAGAUUCUGGAACGAUGCCAACCUAACCAUUGAGCAAGGCCUCAUGAACCUCCAAUGUUUGUCCUUUCAUCGUCGAUUCGAGUUUUACCGAUGUCGAAUGCACGACGAGAGCAUCCAUGGUUUCCACGUCUCUAUUUGGGGUUCCAAGGCGUUCCUCACAAUUCCCGAUAACUGGGACCCAACAGCUGUCUUCCUCGAUCUGGUCCGAAAGGCAACCAGGCAAAUCUCCUUCAUCUUCUCGCAUUAUUCGAAAUUUGCCCAAGGCCCCAAUCAUCGAAAGUGUCCUGUCUGCCAGCACUCUAUCGGCCGAGCAAGGCCAAAGAAGAGAUUUUCUUCAAGUCAACCACCCACAGGCCGAGCCAAAAAAAGGAUCCAGGUAGGUGACCAGGGCUUCUGCGCACCAUGUUUCGCUGGCUGGAUCUUCUCCUGCCAAGGCAAGCCGGGGCCGUGCCCACGCUGCCGUUGGAAACCGCCCAGAAAGUGGAAGGGUCGCCUGUUGCUCGGAGACGCCAUGGCAGUCGAGCAAUGGUCCCAGCUAGAGAAAUACGGCAGAUUGUUUCACCGUAUCGCGGCAGUAGGGAAAUCUCUGGAGUGGUUUUGUAGGGAAGUUGAGCUGCAGGAACUGUUCGAGCUUGAUAUGAUCUUCCGAGGCGAACAAAAUCCUUUGGAAGUGCUACACAACGACUCUGAAAAUCCGCUGGAACUGCUGUACGAGGCUUCGAAAGACGCAAGAAUCACCGGGCAGACACAUGGGACCGGAGAGAGCCAAAGAGACCCGGUACGGCGCCGAAAAAAGGUUGAAGCCGUCAAAGUAGGCGGAGCGAGGAGAGCGGGUGGGAAGAGAAGGCGUUGA